AUGCUCCAUAAUCUUUCAUUAUCAUCUAAUGCAUCAAUGAUUCGUUACGCUUUAGCAUAUAAAGACUUUAAUCCUAACGAAACAUAUCCAGAAGAAGAAAAUGUGGAAUCAAGUUUUGAAUUAACGAAAAAGUAUUGGAAAUAUAAAAUUGAAUCAUAUAAGAAACAAGAUGAAAAAGCAGAAAGAGAUACCAAAAAUAAUGUUUCAAUGGAUGAUUUUCAAUACUAUCACGAUUUAAUCCUUUCAUCUAAAUGCAAAAUGUGUGGUAAAGCGUUUACAUAUGCAAAUAAACCAACAUUAGAUAGAAUCGAUAAUGAAAAACCACAUACCAAAGAUAAUUGUCAGUUAAUGUGUUGUUAUUGUAAUGUUAUUAAAUCAAAUAAAGAUGAAGACAUUCAACGUUUAAGAAUCAAUUUAAGAAAUUAUGCAUUAAAAAAUAAUUUACCAAUGACUUUAGAUUCAGUUGAAGCGUAUCACAUCCUCCGUAAUGGAAUUACUGGUGGUUUAUCAAAUGUUCAACAUCGUGUUAAUCUUAAAGGUAUCACACAUAUUAAUAAACUUUCAUAUAAUCCAGAAACUAAAACAGUAUCAAAUGAGGACACUUCCAACAUCAUGACUCAUUUCGUUGGUGUUGAUUUCAAUUCAUUAUAUCCUUCAUCAUUUUCAUCUAAUCCUCAUGAUUUCAUUCAAUAUACUGACCAUAAAAUGUAUAUGCCGGGAAGAUUAAAUGGAGUUAUCAUUUGUGAUACAGCAACAAAGAAAGCAAAAGCACUGGGAAUUAUUAAGAAGAAAAAUACUUUAUUCGUGGCUGAAGUAAAGGGUCACAUUGAUGAAAAAUACAUUAAUGAUUACAUUAACUUUUUACCGAUAAUAAGAAACUUAGAUAUUAUCACAGAUGAAAAAACAAUUGGCAGUUUUAUGUAUAAUUACAUGAAAUCAAACAAUCUACCAGUUGACCAGAAACAGAGGAAAUUAACUCAAUUAGCAUCAACACACAAUCAAUAUCAACCAUUUUCUUCUUAUUAUCUUUGGUAUCUAAUAGAUAGAUUUCAUUUUAUCAUCGAUGAUAUUCAAUCAAUUUUAACAUUUACGAAAAACACUUGUUUUAAUGAAUUUGCGAACAAAUUUAUGAACGAAAGACAAAAGGCUGAAUUAGAAGGAAAUAAAGGAAAAAGUUUAUUUUGCAAAAUUUCACUUAAUGGAUCAUAUG